AAAGAUGAGGCUGGAGAAGCUGUCUUACAGCUCUGACUAAGAGGAGAGGCCAUUUUUAGGCACAAAGAAGACCUGCGGCCGCCAUUUUGAAUUUGGUGCUGGGCGUGGUCUCCAUUUUAAGGUUGCUGUUUGCCUCCAAUUCAGGCCUAGCAUUAGUGACUCACUGCGUUGGGUCCUCUUGGGGGUUUAGCUGUUGUUUUUUCGACGCAUUGCUUCUCAGAGAUUUAUUACAAAAGUAAAAUAAAAUAAGAUAAAAUAAAAUAAAAAUAAUAAUAACAAUAAUAACACCUAUUAUCUUAAAUUGUGGGGUUCCUGACCUGUUCUGUUUAGCUCCCGGCGCUGUGCCGGCAGGGCCCAGCAGACAGUUUUAGACAGCUGUUCUGGCUGUUUGCCAUUGUGGUUGUCUUAGGGCGUGGGAAGCUUCCCUCCCGGACAACUUGAUCUGCGUAGUUACCCCCACCCCAGGGCUUCUCCUACCUGGAAAGCCUGGGCACAAUGGCAGAUGGUGAGUCUCCUCAGGCUUUGCAGGGUUCUGAUAUUCCCCCCAUUCAAGCAAAACGCAGAUCCUCUGAUUCAAAUACAGGGGGGAAGGAAAAAAGCUAAAACCAAGCAUUUAUCAACCAAAGAACCCUCCAAGACUGCUGAGCGAGAGGCCUCGAGGAGACACCAGGCACUGGAGCAAGAGUUCUCCAAAGCACAAAGGCUCAGGUCCAGAGAAGCUGAAUUGGUUCCCCCUGCUUCUCUGGCCAGCUCACCUUAUGAGCCCUCACUGGUGCCGUCUUAUCAAGCCCCCAGGGCAGGGUCUCCUCAAGGGGGAACUGAACAGGUCAGUCUAUCUGCCCCUAGACAACAUAUCCCUAUAUCCCCUCUGCCAGGGCCUUCCAUUUCUCCUGCUAACAUUAGUACGCAUACUCCUGAGACCACCGCUGCUGGUGUGCCUUCAGCUGAGCGAUCCUUAUGGGCUCAACAGUUUCAGAGCUUUAUGCACCAGGCCUUCAAUCAAUUCAUGUCUUCUUCCUUAGCAGCUGGUCCCUCACAGGUUUCACCUUCUCCACCCUUGCCCGCAGACCGCACUGGACGUCCCCAGUCAGCGGGUUCAGGUAUUUCUGAGACUUCAUCUCAGUUUGGGGAGACUGAAUCUGUUGACCUGGUGACAACUGAAGGACCUAUGUCUGAGGAUGAGGAGGGCUCACCAGGCCUCUGCCUGGGCCAUCAGGGCGUCUUCGUCCUCGUCCUUUUUCGCGAGAACUUCUAUCAUGUGGCUCCGGGAACUACAGGCAUUAAUUCCUCCAGACCAGGAGGAGCUACUGUGUCGGACCUAAUGAAUGCUUCGCCUCGACAAAACUGGGAAAGGAGCGCCCAAGGGAGGCGUGGCUAAAGUUUGGUCUUAGUCUAAAUCUGAGCAGGAGGGCUUUGAUUACCCAAUCGGUGGAUGCUACAUCUUCAUGCUGAGAAAAGGCGUUCAGGUAAGACAACGCCCCUUAUCUUUCCUAUUCUUGUGUAAAUAAUGAGGCUUCUUUAAUGCUUCAAAAA